AUGCGCGAGCUGCAGGUCACUGCCGCAACGCUCACGCCGACGGUGUGUUGCACGUUCCGGCCGUCGGACGUGCCCUCGCUGAGACUGUUGAUCUUCGGCGGCGAGGCUGGCAAUCAGAAAGCCCACGAUCUGUGGCGUGGAAUUCCCGUGCUUGCUAACUGCUACGGGCCUGCCGAAGCAACCAUCUACUGCAUCUGCAAUACAGAUCUGUCGAUAUCCAGCCACAAAGUCACUAAUAUCGGCAUACCGACUGGCUGCAGGGCGUGGGUGGUGCAUCCGAACGAUCACCACCGUCUCGUACUAGUGGGAUGUGUCGGUGAAUUAGUUAUUGAGGGCCCGCUGGUCUCUCGUGGAUACCUGAACGAUAUUAUUAAGACAGAGGCCGCGUUUAUUGAGAAUCUGGCCUGGGCUGAACAAUCCGAACUCGCCGCUAGGCCGAGACGCUUUUACAAAACCGGCGAUCUCGUCCACUACUACGCCGACGGCACUCUGCAGUAUCUCGGCCGCAAGGACGCCCAGGUCAAGGUUCACGGGCAUCGCAUCGAGCUGGGCGAAGUCGAAACGUAUAUCAAAUCGCUGAUCCCCAACAUCACCUAA